AUGAGAUUAGUGACCUCCGGCACUCAUCACUUGUUCGAUUCAUACGGCAGCUCGAGCGACGAGACAGCGCGGCGAGCGGCAUUACAUUGCGUGGCGGAGGCGCGUAUGAAACGGAAGAAUCCAUUUGUAUCAGGACACGACGAGCAGAAGAAGCAGGUGGUGCGCAUGUCCAUUGAUGAAGAGAAGGCCGAGCCUGAAGACACGUUGAUGCACGACGUGACCAAAGACCCCGGCGCCCCCGACAACGAAGACGACUUGAUUGAAGUCGUGGUGCUCCGUCAGGAAGACUUGACCCCGCCCACUGAUCAGUUCACAUGGAAUCCAUCUCUCGCCACUGUCCCUUGGAGUGAACAGUACGCGGCGCUGGAACAUUUCCGGCAGACAAUCAAGUUCCACGCGUCGUCGAUUCAAUCUGCCUUUCCUGACACGGAAUCUUGUUUGUCAGGACUUGUUGUGCCCAGCGCAGAGCACCUUCGUUCGGCGUUGACACGAAGUGGACUCUACUGCAUUGCGGAAUACGUGCAGUGCGUGCAAGAGUCCGCCACCAUCUAUCUGGGCGUGUUGGUUCCCGUCCUUCUCCGCCGCUCCAUCAACGAAAAGAAGUUUAUUCGCGAUGCCGCCCAUGAGGCACUGGACCAUAUUGUGACCUAUUGCAGUCCCCAAGAUCUGGUGCAACUCCUGACCUCGUUUUCCAACGACAAAAAUCCACAUUUGGUCGCCACCGCGGGCAAGUUCAUAGAGAAAAGCCUGCGGAGAUGUCACGACAACACGACGCCGAAUCAAUUUUCCACGUGGCAGCCUCACGUGGCAGCAUGGCUGCCAUCGCUGGCCCAAUUCCUCGCCUGUCGUGUCGUGGCCUGUAAGAACGACACCAAGCGGACGUUCGCCCUACUUCGCGAUAUGCUGGGGGCUGCCGACAUGACUCAACUCGCGACGAACCACCUCGUCGGCAGUGCGCUCGUGGAUGUGCUACGCCUCGUUAAAGCAGCCCCUGCCAAGAAAACACAAGGAAAGCAGCCAAGAGGAUUGAGUUUGAAGGAGCGAAUGCUAUUGCAGCAACAAAAAGCCAACCCCAGUGCACCCAAGCAGCCACAUGUAGUCGUAGAACAGCCAGAUGGUGCCGCGUAAUGGUGUCCAAAUUGCAGUGUUUGAACUACAUGUAAUAGUUGUUAGUAAUCCAAGUGCAAUCCGUAGGUC